GUGUGGUUUCAGAACCGGCGUGCCAAGCAGCGCAAGCAGGAUCGUGUCUCUCAGAAAGUGCUGCCCGUGGGCAUGAUGCCAGGACGAGGACCUCUCUUCAGCAGCAUGUGCGUGUCUCCCUCCGCCAUGAGCCGGCAGUACCAGUGCCCUCAUUCACUGCCGCAUAUCCCCCGAUUCUCAUCAGUGCUGUCCCCUGGAGGAUACCCACCCCAGCCGUCCUCCGGCUCUGCUCCAUCAUCACACGCCUCCAGACAGCCUGACGACUGGUACAGUCAGCUGCGCAGCAUCGGGCCAGCCACCACUUCAGUGCUCUCCCUGGCCUCUGUGUCCACACUGGAAACCACUAGUCACUGGAACUAG